GUGAUUCAUGUCAUGUUUGUGUCAAAAAUAUCUACCUGGACAGUGCUCUAAAAUAUGUUGACAAGAGCGUAUUGAAUUAUUGAUUGAAUACCGGCUGAUAGAUAACAUAUUUUCGUAACAUAGCUGAUAACGUUAACAAAUUGUCUUGCAUCGCACGCAGUAAUUUAAUACUAAUUUGUAACUUUUUUAUUUUGUAACAUUUCAAAAGGCCUUGAAGUCAUAAGGUAGGUCUUAUGGACUUAAUAUUUAGGGCAUGCUGUUGAUUAAAGAGAUGGAUUUCGAUACAGAAAAGUUUAUAAACGAGAUUAGGAACCGGCCUACGAUUUGGAACUCUAAAUGCCCCGAUUACGUGGACAGGGAGCUGAAGUUGCAAGCGUGGAACGAGUUGGUGGAGCAAUACGCCGGGGAUGAGGCUCUGACGAGGGAGGAGAGGAAACGAGUAUGCGUGCAUCUUCAGAAAAAAUGGAGGAACAUACGCGACUGCUUCGUCAAAACCCACAAAGCAAGAACCAAACCUGGCAGCGACAAGAAAAAAGUAACACAAUACGCUUUCUACGACCACCUCAUGUUUUUAGCCGACGUCGCAUCUAGCAAAGACUCAAAUAACGUUAUUAACGUUACCGAAAUUAAAAACGAAGUUAUACAUAACGAUGACGACGACCCGCUGGCCGUUGUUAAUCGGGUAUUUAAAAAGAAGAAAAUAGAAAUACUUGUCGAUCCUUUCUCGGACGGUGAUUCUGGGACGUCUAAUAAGAAAGAGAGAGAAAGAGAAAGCGAUAGUAAUACGGAAGAUGAAGACCAAUUGUUUUGCUUGUCUUUGGUGAAAGAGUUUCGUAAAAUACCGGAACAUUUGCGGAUACAAGCGAAAAUAGAUAUUUUGAAAGUUAUUAAAGACGCACAGUUUGCGGAUUGGACAGGGCAUGGGACGAACGAUCCUCAAUACUAUUGAAGUAAAAAACCUCUAUUGAUACAAGGGCCUGACACUCUUUGAUAGAGAAAGAUAGUCUUAUUGCGAUUCCUAUAAGAGGAAAGAGAAAAUAGUGCCAUGCUUUGUCCUUAUCAUCGACCGGGUGGCAUCAUAGGUAGGAGGCGAUGGUGAAAUACCGAAAUUUAUAAGUGAAAGAAAAAAUAUUCUUUCUCUUACCCCCGGUCGCUCGGUGGCGCGUCUAUAACUACUUGUAUGUACUAUGUCUAUGAACUGGAAUAACUAGAAGUGCAACUAGAGCUCAAAAACCGGAUAAGUGCGAGUCGGACUCGCGUUCCAAGGGUUCCGUGCGGGGUCCCUUUGUUUGACAUAAUUAUUGAGUCAUAAUGUAAUGAUUGUCAUUACAUAAGUCAUACUUCUGAAAACCGUUAACUUUCAUAAUUUUCCUCAGGUUAUCCUAUAGAUAGGUUAGGUUAGGUUUGUUUUAUGGCAAUCCUGAAAAGUUUUUUUUUUAUUACAAAAAGGCAAGCAUUUGACCGCAAUCUCACCUGAUGGUAAGUGCCGAAUUACUGCCGAUGCAGUCUAGGGUGGAUCAUGCUUACCUAAAAGAUGUCUAUUCACUCUCGAUUUAAAAAGAUCCAUAAGUUAUAGACGUUAUUAGUAGACUGGGAAUAGAUUUGCAGAAAGUGAAUUCCACUCCUUAGCCGUUCGCAUGAUAAAGCUGGAUGCAUAGCGCUUAGUACGAAUCAGUGGCAGAGUAACCUAACGACGUAAGGGUGAAACGCAAGUCCGCGACUAGGCCCACGGUGGCAGAAUGGAGAUGGGGGAUUAGGUUUCUGAGAAAAAACAAAUUAUGACUAACCAAAAUGUGGACAAACAAUACAUUAUGACUUUAAACUAUAUGGGAAACAAUAGACCCGUUCGGUACAUUACACAAUUUUUAACAAUGUAUUUUUUAUGUAAAACGUGAGUGAAAUUUCUUCGAAAAAUCCGUUGGGGUCGGAUCAAAAACUAAAUAAUUAAGACUCACGCUUGUCUGUACAUUUCUAAUAGGUUUUCCUGUGAUCUAUAGGUAAAUAACUAUUUUGGGUAUUUUUUUUUCAAAAUUUUAGUAGUUUCGGAGAUAAAGGGGGGAAUGGUAAUUAGGGUUCCGUACCCAAAGGGUAAGGACCCUAUUACUAAGACUCCGCUUUCCGUCUGUCCGUCCGUCUGUCCAUCUGUCUGUCUGUCACCACUGUCACCAGGCUGUAUCUCAUGAACCGUGAUAGUUAGACAGUUGAAAUUUUCACAGAUGAAGUAUUCUGUUGCCGACUUGCCGCUAUAACAACAAAUACUAUUAAAAACAGAAUGAUAUAAAUAUUUAAAUGGGGCUUCCAUACAACAAACGUGAUUUUUUUGCUGUUUUUUCCGUAAUGGUACUGAACCCUUCGUGCGCGAGUCCGACUCGCACUUGGCCGGUUUUUAUUUUUUGACUAUUUUCUUGAAUAACUUAAACUAUUUAUUUUAAAAUUACAAAAAUUAUAUAUUUGCGAUUCUCACAA